UACUCAUUAAAGUGUUUGAGAAAUUAUAACAGUCAAAAUAGGUCCGGCCAGGGCAUGAACUUCUUUCGGACUUUGGACGUUCGGGUAUUUAGAACUUAUUAAAAUACAAGAUAAGCAUGAGCAUUCUUCCAAGCGGUUUUCGAGCUGUUGUCUGUUCUAUUUUAAGGAGGAGAUCCACUCUAUCAUUAUCAAGCAGCCACCACUGCACCAACACCAUCCCCACAACAAGAAACAUGGCAAGUGCUUCUGUGUGCAAAAGGCUAAUUGGAAAAGUGGCUGUUGUCACUGCAUCAACUGAUGGGAUAGGUUUUGCCAUUGCAAAACGACUUGGCAAUGAAGGUGCCCAUGUGGUGAUAAGCAGUAGAAAGCAGAAAAAUGUAGACAGCGCCCUCGAACAGCUAAAAGCUGACAACUUGAGUGUCAGCGGCAUGGUAUGCCAUGUAGGAAAAGCUGAACAUCGCGCUAAUCUAGUCAGUCAGACUGUCGCUGAGUAUGGUGGAAUAGAUAUCCUAGUAUCAAAUGCAGCCGUGAAUCCUGUAUUUGGACCCAUGCUGCAGACUACAGAGGAUCAGUGGGAUAAGAUUUUUGACAUCAAUGUGAAAGCUGCUUUCUUGCUGAUUAAAGAAUGUGUUCCACACAUGAAGGAUAGGAAGGGUUCGUCUAUCACAAUUGUGUCUUCAGUUGGUGGAUUUCAGCCUUUUUCGUUAUUGGGGCCUUAUUCGGUCUCUAAGACAGCGCUUCUGGGCAUGACAAAGGCGUUGGCCUCUGAUUGUGGCCCAAUGGGAAUCAGAGUAAACUGCAUUGCACCUGGUAUCAUCAAAACUAGAUUCAGUGAAGCGUUAUGGACGAAUGAAGCAGCUCUUGAGCAAACAUUGGUGACUUCAGCCAUUAAAAGGGCUGGUGAACCAGAUGAAUGUGCUGGCACAGUGGCAUUCCUCAGCUCUGAUGAUGCUUCUUACAUCACUGGAGAAAACAUCCUCAUUACUGGCGGAGGGCAGUCAAGGUUGUAGCUUUUUUCAAGACGAGGGAUUCGACAGUCAAGAACACAACAUUAUCACAAGGGUCAAAUGUGUACAUUUUUCUUUAAAGGGUUUCGAUACCUUUUGUAGAUCAAGAUUUUGGCCAUGACAUGAAUUCCUAUUCACAGUGAA